CACAAUUUCGUCUGCGAUUGUAAAGGUGAUGGAUUUUCAUGUAAUUUUAAAACAAACGCGAUAACCUAAUCAACAUUUAAACUUCUAAUCGUUAUACCGUGUCUACUGUGGUUAGUACUUACAUGAUAUUCACAAGCUAUUUGAUCUGCCACCAUGCAGUCAAACGAUGAGCUGGAAAAACAGGCAUUGACAAUACAGGAUCACACUGACGAUGAGCAGCGCUGCAAAUGUGUUUUUAUUCAGGCUGCCGCACAACUAGAACAGGAACUAGUGGCUACGCACCUCUGUGCUGUCAGCUUGAGUCAGCUUUUGAGGAUUUGCCAGCAGCUGUGUGAAGGACUCGGUGAAGUUAGGGAAGCUGCCAUUGGCUAUGUCCAAACAGCCAAGUUACCUGACUUGUUACUGCAGCUGUUUGACAGAUUUCUCGUAUUUCGGACGGCAGACGAGUUGAGAUGCUUUGAGGAUUUAAUGGACACGCUAACCGCUAUAGGAGACCUGGGGUCAAACGCCAAAGGUCUCCUGGUGGUGAUGUUUUACAAGAAGAUGCUGGAGGUGGUGCUGGAUGAGAAGCAGGCAUUCUCCUUUGUCAUCAGGAUGGAGGCUUUGAAGGCAAUGAAUCUGCUGCUGGAACAUUGUCCCGUCGACGCUCGCCUGACGAACAGGACCAACGCCGACAUGUCCAAUAUGGCUCAUCUGUUGUUGACUUGUGGAGAUUACGAAAUGCAGGUGGCGCUGACUGAGGUGCUGUUUCGGCUGACGCAGAAGUGCGAGCGAGCCACGUUGGCGACUGGUUGGUUCACCAGCAGAGAUGUCACCGGCUUUCUCAGCAUUCGUGAUGCUGACUUUGAGCUGGAUUGCCGAAGCUUCCUAAACAGACUCAAUGAGUCGAGCGGGUCCAAGAGGGCUGUGUACUCAUUUCCCUGCCUAUCAAUCUUCUUUGGAGAUUUCCAGCUUCACCGCCCCCAGGACACGGGCUACGACAGCUACUGGGUGGACUUCAACACGGGCAGCAGGACGGUGAGCUUCUUCUGCGACCACCCGGGCAGCGAGUCGCAGGGAGAGGACCUGUGGGAGACGGUCGUCAUCAAGAACCACGUCGUUGACCGAUACGUCGUCAGAGAAACAACAGAAGGGAAAAUUCUCGAGAUCACGCUGUCGGUUAAAGCGAAAGAUCUGAUAAGUUUUGCAUCUGACUUGACCAGUCAUCACAUCUUCAUCUUGUUCUCGAGUGACUUCAGCAUCAAAACGCCGGCUGAUGCCUGCUUGGCUAAGAUAAAGCAGUCAGAGGUGUCCACCCCUGUGCAGUCGCGAGUCCUGGGAGAUGGUCUGUCGUCACAGGUCGGUGCUAAGCACAAUCAGACCCCUGAAGCCAGCACGUCAAACUGGGUGCCGGGAAUGUCAAAGCUGAUGAUGAAGUAUUUACGUGAUCAAGCGAGUUCGCUGGCAGAGUCCCAGUCACAGCAGGACAGAGCUUCACUCGGCAGCACCUGCAAGGUGUCCGUGCCCCUGGUCACCAUGACAAUACCACAAGUACAGCAGAAAGUAUCGGUGGCAGAGCCGUACAUUCUGCAGGCGUCAGCCUCGGCCACCAACCAAGUGAGAACACCUACGUCGAGCAAGCGAACGCCCAAACGAGUGAAGACGCCCCUGGUGAUGGUGCAGACGUCUUCCGCUACACACCCGGCGCAGGCCGAGACCAGCACCAGCGACACCGAGGUGACCGACCCGGAACCUCCAGAAGUGGUCAUCAGCGAUCAGGAGGAAACUACAGCCAGAAGGGACGGUGACGCUAAGAAGAAAUUAGCAGAAAAGAAACAGGAUGCAGGUGAGAAACUGGCAUCAGGGAAACGGGACACAGAUGCAAAAUUGCCGGCAAAGAAACAAGAUGCAGGUGUGAAUCUGCCAUCGGGGAAAAAGGACGCAGAUGCUAAAUUGCCGACAAAGAAACAGGAUACGAAAGGGAAACCGAAAUCAAGGAAACAAGAUACGGAAGCGAAACUCGGAACAAAGAAACGGGAUGCGGAAAUAAAACAACCUGCAACGACACAGAAGUAUACAGAAGGAAAAUCAAAGUCACGCAAACAAGAUACAGAUGCAAAACCUGCAUCAAGGAAACAAGAUACGAAAGCAAAACCACUGGUAAAACAGGGCAUUGAAGAGAAAUUCACGAGUAAGAGACAACCGGAGAGAAAGCAGGAUAAAUCGACAGAAAAAGAGUGCGAAGUUAGCAAGCCCAGUACUGGGAGGAGACAGAGCCAGAGAUUAGAAGUAGAGGAUGACUGCAGCCAGAGAAGAAGGUCAAGUCGGAUUGCCCAGAGCAUUGCUGCCAGCCAAGAGGAUGGAGUCGUGCCUGAUACUCAACCAGACGAUUCCCUAGAGAAAUCGAAAAAAGACAGGGAUGCCCCAGCAUCUAAGAUAAAGAGCAAGGAAGAUAAAUCAAUUACAUCCACUUCUGUCUCGGCUGCGCGUUCGUUUGUGGAACGUGUCGUCACAUCUCCCAUUGAGGUCAUGCGAAGGGAAGCGCCAGCGGAUGUCACAAGCUGUGAGCCAUCAGAUCUGUCACUGUGCACCUUGAAAGACAAGGAAAAGAUGCAGAGAUUCCGAGAGAAGGUGAUCGCCGUCGACACGGUGGCUUUCACAAAGUCCGUGGAGAAGGCGUCGGACAGCCCCGCACUCAGCACGGUGACGGAGCGCACCGAGGGUCCUUCCCAAACCCACAGCACGCAAGCCACCUCCCAGGCACGCAUGCCGACUAAACUCAGUAAGGAUGAAGAGCAGGAGGAGGAGGAGGAGGAGGAGGAUAAGUCCAACGAAGCGUCAGCCCCGUCGAAGAGAAGAAGAACGCCCAUCGAGGUUGAUCAAGCGAAAUUACCGACAACUGCGGCGAAGGGAGCGAAGCAACGAGCGACAGCGGCAUCAGCAUCAGCAGCAGCAUCCCGUAACGCACAGCAACAGUUGGCAACCGAAUCCUCCAGCGGUAACAAGAGGAGGCGAGGCGCGGAGGUGGACAAGAGAGGCGACACUCCUGCAGCAGCAGCAGCAGUGAAAGAAGGAUGCUGCGAGAAGCCCACUGAUGAGGAGGCUGAGAGAAGCACUAGAAAGCCUGCGUCAACUCGCAUCAAGCCUCUGCCGGCCACAGCAACAGGAGAAGGAUGCUGCGAGGAUCCUACCGCAGAGGAAGCUGAGAGAAGCACAAGGAAGCCCGCAGCGACUCGCGUUAAGCCUCCGCCGGGGAAGACUGUGGCAGCCGAGAAGAAACCGCUGCGGCAGGAUGCAGGGUCAAGCAACGGAGCGACCUCCACCAUUGCGCCGCGGCAACGGACCGCACAGCGGGACGAGUUGCUGACCUCCAAAACGGCGCCACCACCGAUCGCACCCCAGGUCGCCGCUGCGGCGGUGCUGCUCGACACGUUCGAAUUCAGAGACGAGGAAGAGGAGAAUCUUCCGCCUCUAUCCCAGACGAGAGCCGGGAGGGCUUCCGAUCGACGCACCGCCGCCGCGGCCGACGGAAAGGAGACGGAUUCGGGGAAGCGCGAGCCCACAGAGUGCCCUGAGAAGAACGACGAAAGGGAAGCUGCCUCCUCGCGCGCUGCUGCCACGAGGGAGAAGCCAGCGAAGGGAGGCGGCAGGGAGAAGGUCGUCCGCUCCAAGGUGGGAGGCGGUGCCUGGAAGAUUCCUGACAAGCUGCGACCGGAGAACAGCACGCGGGGGAAGGGGAAGAGCGAUCUUGACGACAGCGCUGUCCUGUACAACGAAGAAGCUUUCAGCUGGAAGCUGAAGAAAAAGAACGCCGAUCCCGGCGGCCUCUCCUCCGUAGACGAGGAGAAGGGCAAGGGAGCAGGAGGAGGAGGAGCAGAAAGAGGAGGAGGAGAAAGAGGAGGAGGAGGAACACAAGCGAGAAGUGGCGGGAAGAGCAAGGAGGGAGAGCCGGUCGAGCAUGCGGCAGCAGCGGUGCGACGCCUUCCCGCGCGGCAGGCGAGGGCCCAGGCCAACGCCAUCCGGCAGCGUCAGAUCGCGACGGAGCUUCAGUCGUCGUCCGAUUCCUCCGACGACUCCGACAACGAGAUGCGGCGAGACCGCUCGCCGAUGCCCGAAACAAGAGGGCAACCUGCGCGCACAUUGAAAGUGGCGAGAGCGCCUCUCGGCGAAAGAAAUGCCUCGGCGACGAGGACGGGAGACUCGGUGGCGCCACCUAGAGUGACGCAUAGCGACGACGACGACGAAUCAGCAACUCGUGCGAAGCCGAGAAAGUCGCAGCCCUGCUACAAGUUCUUCAAGACCAAGGAUCGGCCGAAGUCUCCCCCGCGCGACGAGGCCUCCUUCGACUUCGAGUCGGACACCGACUCGUUCAUCAAAAGGAACCUGACUCACGUCGCGAGGAAGGGAGGUGCGCAGAAGAAAGGGGGCGCCACCACGGCGGCGGCGGCGCGAGCGCGCAGCAGCAGCAGCAGCAGCAGGCUGAGAGGCGAUUUUCGGUGGUCGGACGACGAGGAUGCUUCGAAGAGGAGGAAGAAGUGGAACUCGACGUGGAACGACGCUGAUCUCGGCAUGUUUCAGGAGCCGCCAGAAGCUACAACGUCACCUGCUGGCAAGAAAUCUCGCAGCAAGAAGGCUGGCCAGCAGGCAGAAUCGAGGAACAAUUGCGUGCGCAGGAGGCGACAGAGGGCGCCAGUUGUCAUAGAGCAGGAGAGCCCCAUCACGGCUAGGGUAGCCGUAGCACAACGGAAGUCUGACAAAUCGAAAGUGAAGAAGGCGGUGGCCGUGCGUCCCACCUCUCCCGAUGACAGCCCCCAGAUAGAAUUCACACAGGACAGCCAGGACAUGUGCUACAUCUCCAAUGUUAACUCGACCUACGAUUAUUCCCUACUGUACGAUGAGAGCCGCGCCGAGAAGGAGCAGCCAGCUGCUUCCAGCGAUCAGCCAGCAUCGUCUGCGUCGGAUGAAGCCCCGCAAGAGAAGCCUACAGCCGUGAAGAAAGCGUGGGAGGCAAAUAAGGAAGACUCGAGUUCUUCAAAGAUGAAUGUGGAAACAAAGUCUAGCUUGAAGAAGAAGAGGGCAACACAACCAACAAAGCAGAAACAGGAAACUCGCACUUUCUCAUCCAGAUCCAAGAAACCUGAGCAGGAGGAGGAGGAAGAGGAGGAAGAGGAGGAGAACGAAGAGCAGGAGGAGGAGGAGGAGGAGGAGGAACAGAAGGAGGAAAAGGAGCAACAGAAGGAGGCACAAUCAGAGAGUCUUAGCCCUGCCUCCUCAUUUGCUCUUGCAUGCAGGGAUAUCGUCACAAGUUCUAAAGCGCACAAAGCUAUUAAAGCUCAAGAAAAGAAAACGACGAGCAAGCGCAAGUCCAAGAGCGUCUUCGAUACGACGAACACGGACGAGACUGAGAGCGAGGUGAGCUGGUUGGCCAGCCACAGGAAGUAUCAAGACCCGAAGAUGCCGAGUAGGACUUACGCUCCAGCUGCGGCCAAUGCCUUGCGCGCGACCCUGAAGCAUAGCGACGCCGCAUCGAAUCGAAAGAUAUUUGACUUUGGCACGAGUAGCUCCAAUGGUGCAAGCCAAGAUGAUAAUCUGAUGUUAGAUGAAGCAGAAGAUGGAGCGAUAGAGGAUGAAGAUGAUGCACUAUCACCAGAAGUAGCGACAGGGGCCCACCCUCGAAACAAAGCAAAGCAGCAAGAAAGGAGGACGGCCAAGACCCAGCAGAAACCACAGAAACAUUCCGCUAAUAAGCAAAAACCCGAGGAUAACCACCACCGGCGCCCUCUCACCACGAGCACGGACACUGACGAUGGUAACAACCGGAGCCUUCUCCCCACAAGGAGGAAUAUUGGUGGUAGUAACCAGCGGCGCCCUCUUGCCACAAGCACGGACCGCGACGACGAUGACCACCGGCGCCCUCUGACGACGAGCGGAGACAGUGACGACGAAGAUUUACUGGAUGCGAAAACAAGAGCCAACACCUCAGCCAACAGCCUGACAUCCAGCCAGUACCCGGGCAGUGACGAGGAAAGGAUGGAGGAGGCUGACGUUGCCGCAACAAUGAAACAGCGCUGCACGAAGGAACGGACGAUCGCGAGAGGCUCGCGAAGCCUGCAUGCAGAUGGCGCUAGCGUCGGCAGCAGCUCGGGAAGUGGUGACAUUCGGCAGUUGUCGUUUGGCCACGCAGCGGCAAGUAGGAAGAAGCGGGUGGCUCUGGGAAGAGCCAUCAGAACCCCAGUAUCGCCGAGGACAGCUUUACGCAUGAGUGCAACAGCCGACAUUUCGGAUGAAGACUUCGAUGAUGAAGCGGUGCCUCCGACACCGUCCCAGGCGAUCCCAGUAACCAGUGAGGCGCCACCUACGCCCGCAGACGACGAGCUCAGUUCUCUUGUCUUGGACGACGAAUCGGAAGACCCGGAUUAUUUUGCGCCGCAGAAGAAAACGCAGCAGCGCCACCUGGAGUCGUUUAGCAGCAUCGACACCGACCUUAUGAAGUCUGGUCCCUCGCAGUGGCGGGUAGGACUGGGGCUGAGCAAGAGGAAACUGAGAGAGCUAGACAUGGAAGAGGAGGAGGAGGAGGAGGAGGAGGAGGAGGAGGAGCGCGAGGAGGAAGAUGAGCCAGAAGAAUAUCAGCUGAGCAAAAUAGCGAACACGUUCAAACCAAGGACCCUGUUCGCAGCUGCUCACAGCGGUGCACCUGAGCCAUCUCAGGUGUCAUCGGUAGACAGGGACGAUGGCGCACUUGGUCUUGGAAAUGUCUCUUCUAUCAUACAGAUGUUUGGUACUGAUGUACAGAAAUCUAUGAAGGCUAAGCAGCAGCAUCUCACAAAGCUGACGAGGGCUUCGGUGAAUAGCACGCAGCACGAGCUGGCUUCAUUCUGGGCCGAGCAGAACGAAACGCGACAAACUGCUCUUGAGAGGUUCAAGUCGGGCGUGAUAGAGGAGCUGGCAGCACUGGAGGCGGACGUGCAGAACUCUAAGAGCCUCGAGGACGAGACUAUGUCGUUCUUCAGCAGCCAGUUGAAGAGUCACCAGGACGCGCGUUUGUCACAGUGCGAACGGUUACGCCGGCUACGGAGGAUGCAGCGAGGCUUCAAGGACGAGAUGCAGAGCAUUGAAGGGCAGCAGUUUGAUCGACAGGCGGUGGUGCGGGACAAGAUGAGGCAGCAGAUGCGGUUGCUGCAGACGAAGAUCCUCCAGCAGUCUCAACAGAGAGAAGUCAGCAAUGUACGACGAUCACUCCAAGCCAUGUUCAUGUCAUAGUGUCAAGCAUCGCGAUCUGGUGGGAGUAUGUGAUCAGUUAGGGUACAGUAGUCAUUAUGUUUUUGCAUCUGUUCGUUUUUUGUCGUAGAUUUUAAACAAAGAGUACGUUGUUUUAUUUAAUGCGUUAAUAUUUAUAAUGGUUACAAUUUAUUUAUACGUUGAACAAUUUUUCAAGCUGUUUAUUUGUACUUAAUUGAUGUAUAUUAAUUAAAUGUCGAUAGUAAUCUUAAUACCAACCGAAAGCUUAAAGAUAUGGUUAGCUUACUAGCGCAAUUAUACAGUUUCCGUUUUAAUAUGUAUCAUACGUUUCUUCUUAUUCGAUGUAUUUUUAAUAUACUAUAUUGAUUGAUUAAAUGAACUAAUUAUACGAAGCAAUGUCUUCACAGUGAAA